GUGUGGGGCUGCAAUCGGCAUGGGCACGGCGCGCGGGGUGCCCCUGCUCGGGCUGGGGCUCAGGGGACGCCGGGGGCCAGCACAGGGCCCGGUGUCCCUCGGGCCGUGCCGGUAACUGGGAUUGGCGCCUGCCAGCCAUGGAAGAGCCUGGGCCCCCGGGUGGGCUCAGCCAGGACCAAGUGGAGCGGUGCAUGGGUGCCAUGCAGGAGGGGAUGCAGAUGGUGAAGCUGCGUGGCGGCUCCAAGGGCCUGGUCCGCUUCUACUACCUGGAUGAGCACCGCUCCUGCAUCCGCUGGAGGCCCUCACGCAAGAAUGAGAAGGCCAAGAUCUCCAUCGACUCCAUCCAGGAGGUGAGUGAGGGGCGGCAGUCGGAGGUCUUCCAGCGCUACCCCGACGGCAGCUUUGACCCCAACUGCUGCUUCAGUAUCUACCACGGCAGCCACCGCGAGUCGCUGGACCUGGUCUCCACCAGCAGCGAGGUGGCGCGCACCUGGGUCACUGGCCUGCGCUACCUCAUGGCCGGCAUCAGCGACGAGGACAGCCUGGCUCGCCGCCAGCGCACCAGGGACCAAUAUCCUUGGUGGCUGAAGCAGACGUUUGAUGAGGCCGACAAGAAUGGGGAUGGCAGCCUGAGCAUCGGCGAGGUCCUGCAGCUGCUGCACAAGCUCAACGUGAACCUGCCCCGGCAGAGGGUGAAGCAGAUGUUCAGGGAAGCAGAUACUGACGACCACCAAGGGACGCUGGGUUUUGAAGAGUUCUGUGCCUUCUACAAGAUGAUGUCCACCCGCCGGGACCUCUACCUGCUCAUGCUGACCUACAGCAACCACAAGGACCACCUGGAUGCCGCCAGCCUGCAGCGCUUCCUGCAGGUGGAACAGAAGAUGACGGGUGUGACCCUCGAGAGCUGCCAGGACAUCAUCGAGCAGUUUGAGCCAUGCCCAGAAAACAAGAGUAAGGGGCUGCUGGGCAUUGAUGGCUUCACCAACUACACGAGGAGCCCUGCUGGUGACAUCUUCAAUCCUGACCACCACCACGUGCACCAGGAUAUGACGCAGCCACUGAGCCACUAUUUCAUCACCUCGUCCCACAACACCUACCUCGUGGGUGACCAGCUCAUGUCCCAGUCGCGGGUGGACAUGUACGCCUGGGUCCUGCAGGCUGGCUGCCGCUGCGUGGAGGUGGACUGCUGGGAUGGGCCCGAUGGGGAGCCCAUCGUGCACCAUGGCUACACUCUGACCUCCAAGAUCCUCUUCAAGGAUGUCAUCGAAACCAUCAACAAAUACGCCUUCAUCAAGAAUGAGUACCCAGUGAUCCUGUCCAUUGAGAACCACUGCAGUGUCAUCCAGCAGAAGAAAAUGGCCCAGUAUCUGACUGACAUCCUUGGGGACAAGCUGGACCUGUCAUCAGUGAGCAGUGAGGAUGCCACCAUGCUCCCCUCUCCACAGAUGCUCAAGGGCAAGAUCCUUGUGAAGGGGAAGAAGCUCCCAGCCAACAUCAGCGAGGAUGCGGAGGAAGGCGAGGUGUCUGAUGAGGACAGCGCUGAUGAGAUUGACGAUGACUGCAAGCUCCUCAAUGGGGAUGCAUCCACCAAUCGAAAGCGUGUAGAAAACGUUGCUAAGAGGAAACUGGAUUCCCUCAUCAAGGAGUCGAAGAUUCGGGACUGUGAGGACCCCAACGACUUCUCCGUCUCCACACUGUCCCCAUCUGGAAAGCUCGGACGCAAGAGCAAGGCUGAAGAGGACGUGGAGUCUGGGGAGGAUGCUGGGGCCAGCAGACGCAACGGCCGCCUCGUCGUGGGAAGCUUCUCCAGGCGCAAGAAGAAGGGCAGCAAGCUGAAGAAGGCGGCCAGCAUGGAGGAGGGAGAUGAGGGCCAGGACUCCCCGGGAGGUCAGAGCCGAGGGACGACCCGGCAGAAGAAGACCAUGAAGCUGUCCCGGGCCCUCUCUGACCUGGUGAAGUACACCAAGUCCGUGGCCACCCACGACAUAGAGAUGGAGGCGGUGUCCAGCUGGCAGGUGUCGUCCUUCAGCGAGACCAAGGCCCACCAGAUUCUGCAGCAGAAGCCGGCGCAGUACCUGCGCUUCAACCAGCACCAGCUCUCCCGCAUCUACCCCUCCUCCUACCGCGUGGACUCCAGCAACUACAACCCACAGCCCUUCUGGAACGCCGGCUGCCAAAUGGUUGCCCUGAACUACCAGUCAGAGGGGCGGAUGCUGCAGCUGAACCGAGCCAAGUUCAGCGCCAACGGUGGCUGCGGCUACGUACUCAAGCCCGAGUGCAUGUGCCAGGGCGUGUUCAACCCCAACUCGGAGGACCCCCUGCCCGGGCAGCUCAAGAAGCAGCUGGUGCUCCGGAUCAUCAGUGGCCAGCAGCUCCCCAAGCCGCGCGACUCCAUGCUGGGGGACCGCGGGGAGAUCAUCGACCCCUUUGUGGAGGUGGAGAUCAUCGGGCUCCCUGUGGACUGCAGCAGGGAGCAGACCCACGUGGUGGACGACAACGGGUUCAACCCCACCUGGGAGGAGACCCUGGUGUUCACAGUGCACAUGCCGGAGAUCGCGCUGGUCCGCUUCCUCGUCUGGGACCACGACCCCAUCGGGCGUGACUUCAUUGGCCAGAGGACGCUGGCCUUCAGCAGCAUGAUGCCAGGCUACAGGCACGUGUACCUGGAGGGGAUAGAAGAGGCCUCCAUCUUCGUGCACGUGGCUGUCAGUGACAUCAGUGGUAAGGUCAAGCAGGCUCUGGGCCUAAAAGGCCUCUUCCUCCGAGGCCCAAAGCCCGGCUCACUGGACAGUCAUGCUGCUGGGCGGCCCCCGGCCCGGCCCUCCGUUAGCCAGAGGCUUCUGCGGCGCACAGCCAGUGCCCCAACCAAGAGCCAGAAGCCGGGCCGCAAGGGCUUCCCGGAGCUGGUCCUGGGCACUCAGGACACAGGCUCCCAGGGGGUGGCGGACGACAUGGUGCCCCCCAGCCCUAGACCUGCUCUGGAAGCCCCAGCCCAGGAGGGGCCCGGCAGCUACCUCCCCACAGACACCCGCCCCCUCUCCACGCAGCGGCCGCUCCCUCCACCGUGCAGCCUGGAAACCAUUGCCGAGGAGCCCGCCCCAGGCCCUGGCCCCACGCCACCAGCGGCCGUCCCCACCAGCUCUUCUCAGGAACGGCCCCCAUACCCCACAGGACCGGGAGCCGAUGUGACAAGCCCCCCAGAGGACACUGAGGAACACCGAGACAGCAGGCCUCGGCCGUGCAAUGGCAAGCGUCCCGGCGGGGCAUACGAGGGGGCCCCCAGCAGCCAGUCGGACGGCAGGAGCCAGCCCCGGACCCCGGGCCACCUGCCCGUGAUUAGAAGGGUGAAGAGUGAGGGUCAGGUGCCCACAGAGCCCCUGGGAGGAUGGCGGCCCCUGGCUGGUCCCUUUCCAGCCCCUGCCGUGUACUUCGAUGCCACGGCCAGUGACCGGCUGUGGCAGCGGCUGGAGCCAUGUGGCCACCGAGACAGCGUUUCCUCCUCCUCCAGCAUGUCGUCUAGCGACACUGUCAUUGACCUCUCCCUGCCCAGCCUGGGCCUGGGCCGCAGCCGUGAAAGCCUCCUCGGAGCCCAUGUGGGACGCCUGCCCCCCAGGCCCCACUCAGCUUCAGCCGCCCGCCCAGACCUGCCACCUGUGACCAAAAGCAAAUCCAACCCCAACCUGCGGGCUGCGGGCCAGCGGCCUCCCACGCCUGAUGAACUG